AUGGGCCUUCGGUGGGUUGUGUGUCUUUUGUUCGUGUCGGUGUUGGCAGCGAAUGGCGAAGUUGAAAACGACAAUGGGGUCUUGACCGCAUUGGAUGCACCCUGGUGUGGUCAUUGUCGGGCUUUGGCACCGGAGUAUGAGAAAGCUGCGAAGACUCUGAAGGACGAUGGAUCAGACAUUGUUCUCGGCAAGGUUGAUGCCACUGUCGAGUCCGAUCUCGCUAGCGAGCAUGGUGUGCGAGGCUAUCCUACGCUUUUCUUCUUCCGCAACGGAAAAUCCAUCAGCUACACUGGUGGACGUCAAGCAGCUGACAUCGUAAGCUGGGUCCAGAAGAAGUCAGGGCCCCCAGCCAAGACCUUGGAAAGUGUGGAUGAUGCUAAGAGCUUCAUCGAGAAGAAUGACGUGGUCGUCGUGGGUUUCUUCAAGGAUCUCGCAGGCAGUGCCGCCAAGGCUUUCGUUGAGGCUGCCGGCUCUAAUGACGACUACCCAUUUGCCAUCACCAACGUGCAACAGAUUGCUGAGGAGCACCAAAUCGCCGAAGAUUCCGUUACUCUUUUUAAGAAGUUCGACGAUGGAAAGACUCCAUUUGACGGAGAGAUCUCAGUUGAAGCUGUGACGAAGUUCGUCCAAACCAACGCCCUUCCAUUGGUCGUCGAAUUCAACCAAGACACUGCCCAGAAGGUUUUCGGCGGCGACAUCAAGUCCCACGUUCUCAUCUUCGUCGGCAAGAGUGACAAGUCUGCCAACGAACUCCCACAUCUGUUGUCCGAAGACAUUCCAGAGGACUGGGAUAAGCACCCCGUGAAGGUCCUUGUGUCCAAGAACUUCGACGAAGUCGCACUGGACAAGGAGAAGGAUGUUUUGGUUGAGUUCUACGCUCCGUGGUGCGGACACUGCAAACAACUUGCCCCGAUCUACGAUCAGCUUGGUGAGAAGUACAAGGAAAAUGACAAGAUCGUCGUCGCCAAGAUGGACGCCACUACCAACGAACUUGAGCACACCAAGAUCCAGUCUUUCCCUACCUUGAAAUUGUACCGCAAGGGAGAUAAUAAGGCAAGUUUCUCGACAAGCUUUGAAUUCAUUGCUUUCGUUGAGGCUGCCGGCUCUAAUGACGACUACCCAUUUGCCAUCACCAACGUGCAACAGAUUGCUGAGGAGCACCAAAUCGCCGAAGAUUCCGUUACUCUUUUUAAGAAGUUCGACGAUGGAAAGACUCCAUUUGACGGAGAGAUCUCAGUUGAAGCUGUGACGAAGUUCGUCCAAACCAACGCUCUUCCAUUGGUCGUCGAAUUCAACCAAGACACUGCCCAGAAGGUUUUCGGCGGUGACAUCAAGUCCCACGUUCUCAUCUUCGUCGGCAAGAGUGACAAGUCUGCCAACGAACUCCCACAUCUGUUGUCCGAAGACAUUCCAGAGGACUGGGAUAAGCACCCCGUGAAGGUCCUUGUGUCCAAGAACUUCGACGAAGUCGCACUGGACAAGGAGAAGGAUGUUUUGGUUGAAUUCUACGCUCCGUGGUGCGGACACUGCAAACAACUUGCCCCGAUCUACGAUCAGCUUGGUGAGAAGUACAAGGAAAAUGACAAGAUCGUCGUCGCCAAGAUGGACGCUACUACCAACGAACUUGAGCACACCAAGAUCCAGUCUUUCCCUACCUUGAAAUUGUACCGCAAGGGAGAUAAUAAGGCAAGGUUGUGUCGAGUGUUCCUUCACAAUACAGAGGACAGAAUCAACGCCAAGAUGCCGACGAAAGUAAUCAACUAUCCCUCUGAAAAAGAGAAAAUCAAGGACUUCCUGGAAAAUUACAUGUCCAUGACCGACGAUGGCACUACCAUCCCGCACUUCGUCGAAACGCUUCGCAAACUCGCUCACCUGAUGUGCCGAGGUGAACUGACUCGUUUGGCGCAACCAGGAGACCACGUUUCCAUCACUGGGAUAUUUCUUCCUUUGGCACAAGCUGGGUUUCGAGGCAUGACCCAAGGCCUGAUGACCGACACUUAUCUUGAAGCUCAUCGCAUCGUUCGUUUGAACAAGACUGAGGACGAGGAACUCGAUUUGGGCGAACUCAGCCAGGAAGAGAUAAAUUUGGUGAAAGACGGAAACUUCUACGACAAGAUCGCUUCUUCGAUCGCGCCCGAGAUUUACGGUCACACUGACGUAAAGAAAGCAUUAUUGCUCUUGUUGGUUGGAGGAUCCGAUCGUGAAGCCCCUGGUGGAAUGAAGAUCCGUGGCAACGUGAACAUCCGUGGCAACGUGAACGUGUGUCUCAUGGGGGAUCCCGGAGUGGCGAAAUCUCAGCUUCUGGCGUAUGUUAAUCGUCUCACUCCUCGCGGAGUCUACACGACUGGACGAGGAUCCUCCGGAGUGGGUUUGACUGCGGCCGUGAUGCGGGAUCCGCUCACUGGUGAGAUGUGUUUGGAAGGUGGAGCCCUGGUGUUGGCGGAUCGAGGCGUGUGUUGCAUUGACGAGUUUGACAAGAUGCUGGACGCUGAUCGAACUGCGAUUCACGAAGUCAUGGAACAACAGACUGUGUCCAUUGCCAAGGCCGGCAUCCUGACCACGCUGAAUGCCCGCACCAGCAUUCUCGCUGCUGCGAACCCGGCCUACGGGAGAUACAAUCCCAAACGAUCCCUGGAGGCAAACAUCCAGCUGCCUGCAGCCCUCUUGUCUCGUUUCGACCUCCUCUGGUUGAUCCGGGAUCUGCCGGACCGGGACAACGACUUGCGACUCGCGGCCCAUGUGGCCUACGUGCACAAGAACAAGCGAGAGCCGCCCAUGGCCACGGAGCCCCUGUCCAUGGCGUCCAUGCGCCGGUACUUGGCCCGCUGCAAGGCCAUCAACGCCGUCAUCCCCAAACACCUCACCGAGUUCAUUGUGAGCACUUAUGUGGAGCUGAGGAAGGAGGCGCGGAAUGACAAGAAUGCCACGUUUACGAGUGCCCGGUCUUUGUUGGCCAUUUUGCGUCUCGCUACUGCUUUGGCGAGGUUGAGGCUGAACACGGAAGUGACGAAGCCGGAUGUUCUGGAGGCUGUCAGACUGAUGACCAUGUCGAAGGAUUCCCUGGUUCCGGAUCCGUCUCGUGUCGGAAGGGCCCAAUCUGUGACUGACGUGAUCUACGCACUCAUUCGAACCAUGGGCGAGGAAACCAGAACGCUCAAGAUUUCCGACAUCAAGGACCGUUGCGCUGCCAAAGGCUACAAGGCGAACCAAGUGGACGAAUGUCUGGAAUUAUAUCAAGAGUUGAACGUGUGGCAGAUCAACACCCAGAAGACACGACUGACCUUCAUUUAAAUACGAUUCCAGAUUUCUCUCUUUUUUUUUUUUGUGAAUUCCUGCACGGGUUUUUAUUUUUUAAACCAUCUGUUUUUCAUUUGUUUUAUCAUACGAUUUUUCAAGUUCAACUGUUUGAAUACUGUAUAUUUUAUAUUUUCUUCGAAUGAUUGAUUCUUCUGAAACAAGUUUUUCUUCUUUUCCGAAAAUGAAGUACAAUAUUAUUUCA